GCUGUCAGCGACACAUGUAGAACAAGCUGCUUGCGGGACGCACCGACCAGAGCAGACCAGACCAGACGGAGUGCAGACAGUCAGUUUUCAUCUUCUCCGCCUGCCUCGCUCUUCCUCAACUUCCACCUUAUUUUCCUCCUUCUACCCCCUUUUUUGCCACAACACGCACUUCGAGCAUUUUGGGGAACGUUACGGCAUGCGGAGACCUCACACAACGUCUUGGUGUGGAAUCCUUUCGUUUCUACGCAAAGAGAAAAAAUCAGUAAAGCGGUGACAGCAGAAGGGGCGAACAUCCAGUGGAAAUACUAUCUGAAAACUCCAUUUGCUCUCUCUCCCUCUCUCUCUCCGGUCCGCGCGCUGCUGCCUGUGAACAAGCCGACUCGGGUUGUUCAGCGCUGGGUUCCGCUUGUCGCGCGGAGCUCGAGGCCAGCGCGUCCGCGUAAUUCUUUCAUUUCUUUUUUUACCUGUGCUUGUUUUUGGGACCAACCUGUUCAACUGCGUCGCAAACUUUACAGCCAUUACACUUAAGAGAAACAAACAAGACGAUGGUGAAUCCCGGAGGCAACAGCCAGCCACCAGCGGUGGGGACGGGUUCCCUGUCCUGGAAGCGAUGCGCGGGCUGCGGGGGCAAAAUCGCCGACCGCUUCCUCCUCUACACCAUGGACAGCUACUGGCACAGCCGCUGCCUCAAGUGUUCCUGCUGCCAGGCCCAGCUGGGCGAAAUAGGCACGUCGUGCUACACGAAAAGCGGCAUGAUCCUCUGCAGAAACGACUACAUCAGGUUAUUUGGGAACAGCGGCGCUUGCAGCGCCUGCGGUCAGUCUAUUCCAGCCAGCGAGUUGGUGAUGAGGGCGCAGGGCAACGUGUACCAUCUCAAGUGUUUCACGUGUUCCACCUGCCGGAACCGGCUCGUUCCCGGGGAUCGGUUCCACUACAUCAACGGCAGCCUCUUCUGCGAACACGACAGACCCACAGCGCUCAUCAACGGCCAUUUAAGUUCUCUGCAGACGAACCCGUUACUGCCUGACCAGAAGGUGUGUUAGGUGGGAAGCUGUGCAGGAAGCAGGAUGUGUGCCUUCAUUUUAGCCCUUCCUCAUUGUCACCUGAGACAGCGUGGAUCAGCAGCACCCCAGGCCCGUUCGCCGUAAAGGAACCCUCCGCCCAUCUUAACCAGUAACCUGACUUCUCAUCUCCGCAACCCUCAAGGCCCCGCCCCCUAACUCCCAGCCUUCAACCUUCGGCUUUUCCCCAAAUCUGGGUGGAUAUUUGCACUUACUACAACUGAGACAAGAACGCUCGGGAACGCUCCGGAGUUUUAACACUGAUCGUAAUCAGAAGGGGACUCUCCAGGUAGAGAGGUUGUUAAAGCAACUGACCAAGGGGAUGUUGUGACUGAGCGAAGACGGAAACGAAAAAAAAACAGACUAAUUAGGUUUAAGAGUGGCAGACUUUUCAACGCUGCACAUUUGUUUAAAGACACUUUUGGGGGGAAAGCGGGAACUUUUCUUUCUUUUUUUCCUCUUUUCCUUUUCUAUCCUCAUUUCCCAGAAUCGUGGUGAUUUCACUUUCUAUAUUUUAAGUGUUGUCAAGAAAAGGGGGAAUAUGUUCUCUUUCUGUUUUGAUUCAUAUAUACAUAUAUGUGUUCAUAUGUAUAUGUAUAUAUGAAUGGGGUUUAAAUAAAAUAUCUGUGGCAUUUUGUGGAAAACAAAUCAUGAACACUUGUGGUGUAUUUGUAAAGCUACCAUGUAUGUACAGUAUGCAUGUAAAUGUUGUUGUCCAGGUGUGGCUACAGUACAUCUGACCCCUCUGCAUCCAGCUCCCUUCCCUUCACACCAUGGCAACCUGAAGAAGUUCUGCUCAUAGCCAGAAAUGUAGAUAUCAUUCCCAACAUAUAAAUGAUGAAUGAAAGAGAAAUUUAUUUGUGAUAUUUUCCGAGACAUUUGCUCCCGUAUGGUGUAUUUAAAUAAUAAAAGUAUUGGAAGA